UGAAGUCUCCGUAAUUUUAUUCCAUUUGCUCCUUAUUAGCCUCUCGCUCUUAUCUGAGGAAAAAUGACCAGGCUUCUAAUACUAGUCGCUGUUCUGGGGGUCUUCUGGUGUCAAGCUUCUGCAACUUUUCAGGUCUACAGGAUCCCCAGUGACACUGGUGAUUAUACCCAGCAAACAGUGACCAUUGAUAAUGAGAAUCAAGUAGCCAAUAUCCAUGUAUAUGGUGGAACAUGCUCUUCCGAUACAAUUUUUGACUACAAACAUGGAUACAUUGCAACAAGAUUGUUUUCUCGACGAGCCUGCUUUGUGUACAAGAUGGAAAAAGGCUACAUUCCAGAACUGGACUUAAUUGGAAAGCUUGCUUAUGAGAAACAGAUGCUGAACAAGAUGUUCUCCCCAAAAAAUAUAUGGGUGCAAUAUGAACCCAGUAAUUCUUUCUUUGGAGAAAUCAAGGAGUGGCUUGUCUUUGGCAGCUCUAUCGAGAAGCUCUGCAAGGGUGUGCCUAUUUACAAAGUUGAAAGAGUUGAAAGUACAGUGGGUGCUGGAGGAUGUGCCAAAGCAGGUAUCCUUGGCAUUUUGGGCAUUUCAAUCUGUGGACGUAUAAACCUGUAAUGUGAGCUGAUCAGGAUGCCAUUUGCUGGAUCCCUUCCCAACCAAGAAACUUUCCACCUCAUUGAGAAUUUGGGAAAUGAUCUCCAUUUUCAGGCUUCUCAGGCUCUCUUGUAUUUCAUUUCAGCGCUGCAAACCCAAUAGCUACUAAUAAAGAAGAGCGACCUU